AUUAAAUUUAAGACUUAACAAUAAACUAUUAAAAUUUAACAAAAAAAUACACAUCAUAGGGCACAGUGAGUGGACAUUUACCUAUCGUGCGUGACUGACUAUGACUGAGACAAUACUCAUAACUUCGGUACUCUUAGUAACAGUUUUAGGAUUAAUUUACAAAUACUUAACAUGGCAAAACGAUACAUGGAAAAAACUUGGUUUACCUGGCCCAAAACCAAAAUUUAUCUAUGGAAAUUUUCCAAAUUUAUUAAAACAGAAACGGCAUUUUGUGUAUGAUCACGAAGAAGUCUAUCAUGAAUAUAAAACUAAAUAUCGAGCAGUUGGUGUCUUUGAACUGCUAAAGCCUGAAAUUCUGCUCUUGGAUCCAAUGCUAGCUCAUGAUGUGAUGGUAACAAAUUUUAGCAAAUUCAGGGAUAACACAGCUAGUCAAUGGAUUGUAGAUAGAAAAAAAGAUAAAAUUGCAGAACGAAAUCCAUUUUUUCAAACUGGAGAUGCUUGGAAGGAAAAACGUGCUGAAACUCUAGGAGGAGUAACACUAAGUAAGCUAAAUCUGGCAUAUCCCAUUUGGCAAUCAACUUUAAACAAAAUGACUAAAUACAUCAAGGAUAAUAUCGAAAAGGGUAAUGCAAUCAUAGAAACAAAAGACUUAAGCUAUCGUUUUACUUCCAAUGUGAUGAGUGACUUCGUCUGGGGCAUCGAUGCAGGUUCAUUUACAGAUUCCGAUAGCUCCAAAACUAUGAGAAGAAUGUUAAGAGAUCUGUUGACACAAUUCCUAAGCGGUGUUGGAUUGUACUUUUUACUCUCCUAUGCGCCGUUUUUAAAACGUUUUUUCAAUAUAAGAAUUUUCGCUGAUAAGACCGAUAAUUUCUUUUCGCAAAUAACUAAAGAUGCAAUACAUAUGAGACUCAAGGAUAAAAGUACAGAACGUGCUGAUUUCUUAAAUUAUUUAAUACAAUUACAAGACAAAAAACAUAUAUCACAUGAUGAUAUUGUUGGGCAUAUAAUGACAGCUAUGCUGGAUGGAUUUGAAACUACAGCAACAGUUCUACAUCAUUGUCUAUUUUAUUUAGCAAAACAUCCAGAAGUGCAGGAGAAGCUACGUGCAGAAAUUCUGAAUAAUUUAGGUGAUGAUGGGUUUAUAACCUUCGAGACUUUACAUAAUUUAACAUAUCUGGAACAGUGUGUACAAGAAACUAUGCGGCUAAUAACACCCAUUCCAGUUUAUUCACGCAUUUGUACUACUGAAACAAAAAUAGAAUUUACACAAGAUAAGGCCAUUACAGUGAAACCCGGAACAAUAGUUACAAUUCCUAUAUUUUCCUAUCAUCAUGAUGAGGAAUUCUUCCCGAAACCAUAUACCUACAAUCCAGAACGUUUUGAUAAAGCUGCACAUGUCGAAUUAACGAAGAAGGGUAUUUUUAUGGCUUUUGGUGACGGUCCAAGAAUUUGUAUAGGUAUGCGUUUGGCCCUAUUUGGUCUCAAGGCAAGCAUUGUACAAAUCUUAAAAGAGUAUCGUAUUAAAAGCUGCGCUAGGACAAUAGAAGAAAAGAAGCCUGAUGCUGUGGAUUUUGUUAUGGGUUUGAGUGGAGAUAUGUGGCUUGAGUAUCAAGCUCUAUAAAUUUUUGAAAAUUCUUAAAUAUUGGAAAUCUAAGAAUUUAUUUUAUAUAACAUCAUAAUUUUAUA